AUGGGGCAGCCAGGUCCCCACAAUCUCAGCUGCGUUUCCUACAAGCACCCCAGUGUGCGGGGGGGGCUGGGGGGUGCAGGGGGGGGGGCUCGGGCCCGUCCCGUGCGGUGCCCCCCCCGCCACUGCUGCAUCGGGAUCUGGAACCGGAGCCAGGCCCUGGUGCAGGGCUGCUGGGGGGGCGGAGCCUCCUCCUGCCCCUCCCCCCUCUGCGCCCCCAGCCCCGCGGGGCCCUCGGGCGGCUCCGUCCGCGUGUGUCUGUGCCGGGGGCAGCUCUGCAACGGGAGCGGCAACGGGAGCGCGCCCGGAGCGGGGCCGCGCGGGCACGGAGCGGGGCCCGUCCGUUCGGGGUCGCUGUGGCUGUGGGGCGCCGGCCCCCUCCUCAUCCUCCUCACCUGCCUCUGUGUGCUCGGCCUGCGCCGGGCCAGGGCCCACAGGGGGCGGCCCCAUCGGGGGGGGAGUGGGGUCCCCCCCGAACCCCCCAGCCCGGAGCUGCCUGCGCUGCGCUUCCUGAAGGUCCUCCAGCGCGGCCGCUUCUCGUCGGUGUGGGCGGGGUCUCUUCGGCGCCGCCCCGUGGCCAUCAAGGCGUUCGCGGCGCGCGGGGCCGCGCGCUUCCGGGCGGAGCGCGCCGUGCACGCGCUCCCGCUCAUGGAGCACCGCAACGUGGCGCGCCUGCUGGGGGCGCGCGCCGCGGGGCCGCGCGCCGCGGGCGGGAUCCUCGUGCUGCAGCUGUACCCGGCGGGCUCCCUGCGCCAGUUCCUGGCUCACCACGUGGGCACCUGGGUGGGCACCGUGCGCCUGGCGCUGUCCCUGGCACGAGGCCUGGCCUUCCUGCACCAGGAGCUGUGGCGCGAUGGCCUGUACAAGCCCAGUGUGGUGCACCGGGACCUGAGCAGCCAGAAUGUGCUGGUGAGGGACGAUGGCACAUGCGCCAUUGGGGACUUCGGGCUGGCGCUGGCGCUGCCACCGUGUGCGCAGGGGGGAGCCACGGCCCCGAGAGCCGGGCCCAUCCGCAAGGCGGGUACCCAGCGGUACCUGGCCCCCGAGAUCCUGGACGAGAGCCUGGACCUGCACGCCUGGGGCCGGGCACUGCUGCAGGCAGAUGUGUAUGCACUGGGGCUGCUGCUCUGGGAGAUCCUGACCCGCUGCCAGGCCCUGAGCCCCGGAGCCCCGGUACCCCCAUUCCGCCUGGCGUACGAGGCCGAGCUGGGCUCCAGCCCCACCGGGGCUCAGCUCCGCCGCUUGGCCGUGGACGAGCGGCGCCGGCCGCUGAUCCCCCCUGCCUGGCACCGAGCCCCACAGCCCGGGGCUCUCCCGGAGCUGCUCGAGGACUGCUGGGACCCGGACCCCGAGGCUCGGCUCUCAGCGGAGCGAGUCCUGCAGCGGCUGCAGCGCCUGGCGCAGGGAGACUGACCCGCCCCGGGGGCGUGGCCAGCGCAGAGCCCCGCCCCUCGCCACGCCCACCGCCCGGAGGCCACGCCCCCCUCCCGCUUCCUGCCGCCGGGGGCCAAGGUCGGAGCGAAGGCGGAAGGUCCUGGAGCUGCCCCCCCCAUGUGGAACCCGGGUGCAGGUAAAGGGGGGGACACCCCCAGGUUUGGGGCCUCCUGUGACCCCCCAUCCUGCCCCCCCGGGCAGU